GGAAGAACGGAGAUCACCGAAUACGUCCCGGGCGGUGGCGGCCAUGUUGUGUUGACUUCUUGUCUCGAGAGCGUUCAACACAAUCAGGCAAAAUGCGGGCUGUAGUGCUAACGUUAGGCAGUCUAUGCCUAACUGCGGCAGUCAUAGGAAAUGCAUACUACCAGAAACAACAAUUUUACCCUUCUGUAGUUUACCUGACCAAGUCUAAUCCAAGUAUGGCUGUGCUGUACAUCCAAGCUUUCGUGAUCGUCAUCCUCAUGGGGAAGCUGGUUCGCAAGUUGUUUUUCGGGCAGCUGAGAGCGGCUGAGAUGGAGCAUCUGAUAGAGCGGUCAUGGUACGCUGUGACAGAGACUUGUCUAGCCUUCACGGUCUUCAGGGAUGACUUCAGCCCCAGAUUCGUGGCACUCUUCACCUUCUUGCUGUUCCUUAAGUGCUUCCACUGGCUAGCUGAGGAUAGAGUGGACUAUAUGGAGAGAAGUCCUGUAAUUUCUUGGCUAUUCCAUAUCAGAGUCAUAUCAUUACUACUUGUACUGGGAUGUCUGGAUGCCAUGUUCAUCAGCCAUGCCUACCACAGCACGCUUAUCAGAGGAGCUACUGUGCAGCUUGUCUUUGGGUUUGAGUAUGCCAUCCUGCUCACUAUGGUAAUCACCACCUUUGUGAAGUACAUUCUACACACCAUCGACCUACAGAGUGAGAACCCAUGGGACAACAAGGCUGUCUACCUCCUAUAUACCGAACUGACCAUGGGGUUUGUGAAGGUCCUGCUGUAUAUGGCCUUCAUGAUCAUCAUGAUCAAGGUGCACACCUUCCCACUGUUCGCCAUCAGACCCAUGUACCUUACUGUCAGAGCUUUCAAGAAGGCAGUGAAUGAUGUCAUCAUGUCCAGACGAGCCAUCAGGAACAUGAACACACUAUACCCUGAUGCCACCCCAGAAGAGCUUGCCCAGGCUGACAAUGUGUGUAUCAUCUGUCGUGAGGAGAUGGUGACGGCCAGUAAGAAGCUGCCCUGUAACCACAUCUUCCACACAUCAUGUCUGCGCUCGUGGUUCCAGCGUCAGCAGACGUGUCCCACCUGUCGGAUGGACGUGCUUCGGGCUCCCCCACCGCAGCAGAACGCCACGCCACAGCCACCACCAGCCCCACAGCCACCGCAGCAAAUUCCCCCGGUAUUUCCUGGGUUCCCAAUGUGGCCACCUCCCCACGUGCACCCGGGACAGGUGCCCCAGGUCCCUCCCCAGACCCCACCUUCUGCUGGAACAUCCCAGGCUGCUGCCUCAACCACUGCUGCUACACAGCCUGCAGCUGCAGCACCUGGCUCCACAGCACCUGCUAUGACAUCUGUUCCACCUGGCAGCCCUCUGCCCACAGUAGCAGGACUCCCACCAUUUCCCCCUGCCCCUCCACAUGGUGCACCAAUGCCUGGCCUGCCUCCACCUUUCAUGAUGCCGCCAGGCUUCUUUGUACCACCACCGUUUGUCCCACCGCCCAUGCCUUCCCCUAACUACUCAGGUAUGACUGAGGAGGAGCUGCGAGCGAUGGAGGGCCAGGAGAGGCAGCACCUGGUGGCUCGGGUGGAGUGUCUGCGCAGCAUACAGACACUGCUGGAUGCUGCCAUGGUGCAGAUGCAGCAGUACACCUCCCUCAUGGCAACACUGGGAACACCUGUAGCUGCAACCACUGCAGGCCAAGGUUCCUCCCCUGUGCCCACAGCUACCACCACCCAGCCUGCAGACACUACAGAGGUAACCAGUGUCCUUUCCAGUAAGAUGUCACCACGAGAAGAGACCCCUAGCAGCCCAGGACAGAAACCCGCAGUAGAGGAAAGUGGGCAGAGUCAGGAAGAGUCAGGAGAUCUGAGUGAGCUGGAAGGUGCAGUGGGAUUUACUCCACAAACAGAAACGCUUAUCCCGGAGGACACAGAGGUGCCGCCUGAAACAGAUGCGAAUGAAAUUCGGAGACGGAGAAUUGAAAGGUUAUCAUCACAGCCAGGGGAAGAAGAGGAGACAGAACCUUAGCAUAGGGGAUGGUUACAGCUAGAUAGGUACUGUAGAUAGAGACAUGCUGUGCCCUGGAAAAGACUACAAAACAAACAUCACCAUGAUGCUGGUCCUCACACUGACUCAUCAUCAGCUGUCACAUCUCAGACGUAGAGAAAACACUUUUCUUUUGCAUCUUUUGGUAGGUUCACAGACCCAAUGUAUUGAUAAAAACAACUUAGGGUAGGUUUGUACAUACAAAUAUUUUAAGGUAUAGGGAAUGGCAAGUAAACAAAAUCACCCCAUGGUACUUACAGUUUAGGUAAGGCAAUAUUUUCAUAUUCUAGUAAUCAUCAAUUUGAAAGCUUGUGUUCAUGGUGUUGUUUCUCAUGAUUUAGUUUGUGAUUGUUUAAAUGAUAGGAAAAGAGCCAUGUACAUAUAAACUAAAAUAAGGUAGAGUGGUCUCACUUGUCAAGCUGGACUAUUUAUUUGCUUAUUUCAUCCAGUAAAAAUGGAAAGAGAAGAGAUAUUUAAGUAAAUAUGGUAAUUUCUUUCUAAUAAAUAAGUUGCAUCUUCUCAGGUGAAAUACCUUUAAUCUCCUCUCUUCUGCCUAGUCCCAUAAGACAUAGAGAAUGGGUAGCCAAUCAGCUACUGCAGUGUGCUACAGGUUAUGGCAUGUAGAUGUCAAUUGACAAGUUUUCCUUUUUCAAGCAAAACUUUUUUUCUUUGGAAGCUGAAGAAGUCAUUGGGAAAGUUUACAUCUACUGGUAGGUAUUAGGGCAAGUUUGUACGUCUUCUCUUGUAGGUAAUGAUGGUGUCUUUUUUAAGAAAAGUGCAAAUAUGUCGGUAAGUUAAGCUGCAAUAUCUGUACAGAAUGAGUUUAAAAUGGAUUUGUAAUUACCUUUGUACACACGUGUGUAUGGGCAACCAUAUAAUUAAACAUAUGGUAGAUACUGGGUAGUAGUAUGGGAAGUCAAACCUAAUCAGAUGAUGUUGCCACAUAUACACCAUAUGAUCAGUCAUAGGUAUGAAUGUAUAAAGUUAUACUCGCCCUUGCACUUUUGUCUACAGUCUUGACUUUUGAAAUUGUUAUUUUUGUGCAUUUAUCAAGAUACCCCACCAGAUGCUAAAUAGCUGUUAAUGGACUCUUUUCCCACUUAAACCUUGUUGGUAACAAGCAUUCAGGCUGUCGCAUUACUUAGCUUUGAGCAUGUCAUAGCAUAUGAAUUAAUGAAUUUUGUUGUUGUUGUUAGCUAGGUAAGAUAAAUUGCAUGUUUACAAUAAUGUAUAAUCAAUAGCAAUUACCAUGGACUGGAUAAGAGCCACUCUACUUUUUGUUUAGCCCAUUAUUUGCUAUGCUGAAUAAUCAGCUCUCUUAGAAAUUAAUGCCAUUGCUGUAGGCUAUGUACAUUUGUGUAUAUCACAUUCUUUAGGCAUGUUGCUGAAUUGAAUAUUUCGUGUGAAUGCCAUGAUUUGUCAGUGUUCUGCUCUUUCUAUUCUGCACUGCAUUUUAUGUACAUACAUGUAGUAUUUGUAUAUUUUGAUGCAGGGUGUGUAUAGUGCCAAAUAUCACCAGGUAUCAUCAGUGCAUGCCCUGGGAUUUGCACCCAGUUGUACCUCUCUGAAAGUGAAAGCUCUGAUCAAUAUCAUAGAGUACAUGAUAUUUACCACCCAA